AUGACUCACCACAGAUGGGACCUGGCUGCUGGUUUUGCUGGCGUCAAAGUUGACAACGUCUACCGCCCCAAUCGACGUGCUCAGUUCAUUCUGCUCUGUCUAUCUCCGCAAAGCUACACAGGUGAAAGUUUUCAGGCCCAGGUGGAUACUGCGAGAGAAGGUCGUAAACAGUACUUCUCACUGGGUCCCCAUAUCAGAUAUAAUAGAGAUACUGGCACUGAUCACCAUCACCUGGGUGGCGUUUGUGAUUGCCGAGGUCAUUCCCUUCUUCUCGGAUUUGCUGUCUAUCUUCAGUUCGCUCUUCAUCUCGGGCUUUACUUUCUACUUCCCGCGCUGAUGCGAUCCUUGCUGUUAUUAUCUUAUAAAUCCUCAACUACCGCAGCGGUUCUAUACAUGACCUCCUACAUUCACGGGACAACAAGUGUUUUUGUCUUGCAAAAGGACUCUGUCGGCGCCUCGGAUUAUUUCUUGCCUUACCUUAACGCUACUUGGAUUGUCUCGAUGGAUGAAAGGAUUGUUCGUAAAGUAUUGUGCCAUGUCAUGGCUGAUUGCACUGAGAUACUCCUCAUCUUUGGGGAGGAUGUAUUUGUAUCUCCAUCACGUAACGAACAUCUUAGCUUCUUGGUAGGACGAGCCAGAAAAACUGGCCAAAUAAGGCACUUCAUGGAGCCAUUAACAUAUCAGCGCGAUUGGUAUGACCAACUUAGCAUCUCCUUUGUCUCAGGGUCACCCAGAGAGCUGUACCGGCCAUUUGGUCAGCGUCUCGGCUGCUACAUUGAAGGUUUUCAUCAAGCGGAAGAGGCGGCACCUUGGGAGAUGUCAAUUAUUACACUUGAUAUGCGGAAAGUGGGCGGAUCGCUAGCUCUGCGAUACAAUCGCUACUUAAGACCGGAUGUUGACCUUCUGUCUUCAGACCUAUUCAAGCAUCACUACGAGGAUGGCCCUAGGGAGGCGCAUCUGGAACGCACGUAUCUCCGGGCCAGGGCCUUUGCUCGAUUCUGGCAGCUGACCCCAGAUGAUGUUCUCCAAUUCACACCGAAAUUCAGGCGCGCACACACUGAUGGUAUCAUACUUCGGGAUAUAGCCGCCCAAUCCGCAUUCAGUGUUCAUUACAAUCUGGUGGGAGGGACCAUUGCAUCAUUGGCUCCGCAGCGGCCGGACCUUCAGCCGUUACUGAGGCAAAUAUUCAAUUUCGAUGUUGUUACUACCUAUAUGAUGACGGAGGCUGGACACGGCUGCGAUGCGAGGAAUCUCGAGACUAUUGCCGUUUGGCAGUCUGAUGGCAGCUUUAUCCUUGACACACCAACGCCUGCCGCAAGAAAGCUCAUGCCGCCCUCCGCACCUCUUGCAGCAGGGAUACCACGUAUAGCGCUUGUCCUUGCGCGCCUGAUAGUCGAAGGAGAGGACCGAGGCACCCGACAGUUCAUUGUUCCGGUUAAUGAUGGGCGACAGAUGUAUCGGGGAAUUAAAGCAUGGGGUCUUCCAGCUCCUGGAGCCGGAAGGCUACUCGAUUUCGUCCUUACAGCCUUCGAUCAUGUCCAUCUUCCGUCAACCGCCAUGUUAGGAGACCUUGCAAGACCUUCCAACAUGCGCGAUCAGUACCUCACUGCCAUCGAUCGGCUGAGCACAGGUGCACUAAUCGUCAGUCUAUGGGUCAUUCCGUUCCUGAAGGGUGCCGCUUUUACUGUGGGCAGGUACAGCCAGCGUCGCACAGUUCAGGAAGGCCUUCAAGGGGAAAGGGUCCCAAUUAUCUCUUUUAGAACUCAGCAGCUACCCAUUGCACACGCUUUAGCUGAGGUUGCUGUACUAGCCCCGUUUGCGGAUUGGGUUAUCAAGCAACAUAAAAGCCAUACUAUCGGCCCUGGACUCAAACAUGCGCUUAGUAUUAUCUUGAAGGUCGUUUUCCUUCAGCAUGGGAGUGAAAGUCUCAAACAAUUGAACGAAAGAAGUGGUUCCAGGGGGAUGUUUCCUAUCAACGGUCUCGCGGAGAUGGAGACUUAUCUUCGAGCUAGCGCUUCAGCAGAAGGAGAAAUCUUAGUCCAUUCCAUUCGCUCUGCUACUGAGUUGCUUCAUGGCCGGUUCAGGAUACCCGAUGCUAAGACGCCAGACUCCCUUUUGGGACGGCACGAGGCAGGGUUCAUUGCAGAGAUGAAAGAGUCCCUGAAGAGUACCAAAGGUCAUAGGACGCCUGAAUAUAACAGGCUAAUUCUACCCCGUUGUCGCCCCAUGCUUCUGGCUAUAGGCCAACGGAUGGCACAUGAGGCAGCCGUUGAUGCGGGUGUUGAUCCCAAUUUUCUGGCGCUUUAUGAAGCCGGAGCGGUGAGGAACGACUCAAGUUGGUAUGUGGAGCAGCUGGGGCUCAGUAGAGCAUCCCAAUAUGAUAUGGAGUGCCAAGCGUGCGAUAGUGUGAUGUCGCAGCUUGAUAGGCAUUUGGACGAAUUGGGUAUCGAGCCGUACUGCACCGCCCCGAUGCUGUCGCCGCCCAAAUGGGAGAAUUUCAUCGAUACCUGCCCGAAAUACACAGGAGACGCAGUCCCUAGCUUGAGUAUUGGGGAUAGCCGAGAGCAAAAGCUUUGA